CCUGCAAUGAGGAGGCAGAAUGACAGCUCUGUGGUUGAGUUCAUCCUCUUGGGCUUUUCUCACCUUCCUGAACUCCAAGCACACAUCUUUGGAGCUUUCUUGGUCAUUUAUCUGAUGACUCUGACAGGAAAUGCGACCAUUGUCACUGUCAUCUUCCUGGACCAGAGUCUGCACAUCCCCAUGUACCUGUUCCUGCAGAACUUGUCUGUGGUGGAAGCGAGCUUUAGCACAGCCAUCAUGCCUGAAAUGCUGGUGGUCCUGAUCACGGAGAAAGCCACCAUUUCCUUUGGGGGCUGUUUUGCACAGAUGUAUUUCAUUCUUCUCUUUGGUGGGACUGAGUGUUUUCUCCUGGGGGCGAUGGCUUAUGACCGAUUUGCUGCAAUCUGCCAUCCUCUGUCCUACCCGGUGAUUAUGAACAAAAGGGUCUUCGUGAAACUGGUGAUGUGCUCAUGGGUCUUGGGCUUCAUGGUGGCUACUGUGCAGACUACAUGGGUGUUUAGCUUCCCCUUUUGUGGUCCUAGUAAAAUUAAUCAUAUAUCUUGUGAAACCCCAGCAGUGCUGGAGCUUGCAUGUGCAGACACGUUCCUGUUUGAAGUCUAUGCCUUCACAGGCACCAUUUUGAUUGUCAUGGUCCCCUUCCUGUUGAUACUCUUGUCUUACAUCCGAAUUCUCUUCACCAUCCUGAAGAUGCCAGCCUCUACAGGGAGGCAGAAGGCCUUUUCUACGUGUGCCUCUCAUCUCACAUCUGUUACCCUCUUUUAUGGCACAGCCUGCAUGACUUAUCUACAGCCCAAAUCUGGGUACUCACCAGACACCAAGAAACUGAUGUCAUUGGCUUACUCUCUGCUUACCCCUCUGCUUAAUCCACUUAUCUACAGUCUGAGAAACAAGGAGAUGAAAAAGGCUGUGGUGAAAUUAUGGGAAAGAAAAGUGAUUUUACAUACCAUCUGAGUUGCUGAGAAGCCAUGUGGUAUUGGAAAUCACCCAAAGAAACUCUACCUUAGAUUAGUAAUUCUUGGAAAA